UCGAGCAGAGGAGAGUUUGUAAGGGACAGCGCGGAAAGGGGACCUGGAGAGAGAGUGCAACAAUGGCUCUGGGGUUAUCUCAGUCAAUGAGCUGCAAGAACUAAGAGCACCGGCUGUUUUAGCAGCAGAUCUGACACCUCCUCAAUUAGGGCCCCUGACAGCGCUGCCACGGAAAGGUUCUCGAAGGAACAUGAGAACCCGGCUGGAAAGGCUCUCUCUGCUUUGGCCACUUCUCCUGUCUCCGUGGCUGGGAGCUGCAGAAAAUACUGCUGCUGUCAUUGUGGUGAAUCAGACACCCCCUUCUAUCCGUGCAAUGGAAGGGUCAGAGUUCACCAUCGAGUGUACAUUCAACUCAAGCAAUAACUCUAUCAAGUGGUUUGGUGAUUGGAGUAAAACCAGAAAAAAUGUAACAGCAAAGGUGAACAAUGUAAUAGAUCGAACCAUAUUAUCAGCAGAUACAGAAAAGAGGUCUCUUUCCCUCACUGUGAAGAAAGCCGAUGUCAUGGAUUCUGGAACCUACAUAUGUGGGGUUGGGAGCAAAUAUGGGACAUCUCCUGGGACUGGAACCCAAGUGACCAUCGAUGAAAUUACCGACCUGAUGGUGAAUCAAACCCCAACCAGUGUCAGUGGUUUAGAAGGCACAGAACUUACCAUGAAUUGUACAUUCAAGACAGUCAGUAACCACAGCACCAUGUAUGUGCGAUGGUAUAACUAUGGGACUGAGGGACUAAAGAAAGAGCUGGUGAAUGACAGCGAUGUGAUCAGAACCCUGCAUUUGGACAAUGGGUUUGCCUCUCUCACUUUGAAGAAUACGAAUUCAUCUAAUACAGGAACCUACGUGUGUGAGGUGGGGAUCACAGCAAGGAACCUCUCUGGGAAUGGACUAGGAACCGAAGUGACCAUUGAGAAAAUUCCCAAGCUGAUGGUGACUCACACCCCAGCCGAUAUCCAUGCGUCAGAAGGGUCAGAUCUCACCAUGGAGUGUAGAUUCACGGUAUUGAAAAACCACAAGACCUUGUAUGUGAAAUGGUAUAAACAUAGCGGAACUGGGGGAACGAAGAAGGAGCUGAUGAGCGAAAGAGGCGGGGGCCCAGCAGCCCUGGCUUUGGAAAAGGGUUUUGCUUUGUUCACUCUGAAGAACGUGAAUGUAACCGAUACAGGAACCUACGUGUGUGAGGUGGGGAGCACAACGAGGAACUGGUCUGCGUCAGGAGCCGGAACCCAAGUGACCAUCACUCCUGUUGACCUGCUGGUGAAUCAGAGCCCUGCCUGUGUCAAGGAAGAGGAAGGGAAAGCGCUGACCAUAGAAUGUAGAUUCAGGGCCCUGGAGAAACCCAGCACCAAGUACUCUGUUAGAUGGUAUAAAAACGGGACCGAUGGAGACGAGAAGGAGCUGAAAAACGAAACGGGCUCAGUCACAACAACUCUAGAUUUCUCAAUGGGCCUGGCUUCUCUCACCUUGAUUAAAGCCAGCGUGAGUGAUUCUGGGUUCUACAGAUGUGACUUCGGUAAAAAUGGCCGUGGGAAUGGAACCAGAGUGACGAUCCAGGCUGUUGACCUGCUGGUGAAUCAGACACCUGCUGUAAUAAAUGGAUCGGAAGGAGAAAAGCUCACUGUAGAGUGUAGAUUCAAGGUGGUGAAAGACUCCAGCACCACGUACAGUGUUACAUGGUAUAAGAAGGGGGCUGAUGGACACGAGAAAGAGCUGAAGAAUGAAACAGGCAUUGUCACAACAGCUCUAGAUUCCUCAAAGGGCCUGGCCUCUCUCACCUUGAUCAAAAUCAAUAGGAACGACUCCGGGCUUUACAGAUGUGACUUUGGUAAAAAUGGCGAUGGAAAUGGAACCAGAGUGACCAUCCAUGCACAUGACCAAAGGCCAAUGAGCUCUUACAUUGUUCCUGGAGCUGUGGCUGGGACACUUCUCUUCUUGCUGGUGCUCGGUAUCCUUUUGUGGAGAUGGAGACAGUGCUCCAAAGGACCACUUCAAAGCAGGUCAGAGGCAGAGAUGAAUCAGAUGGAGACGUCUUCUCCUCCACCAGCUGAUGAGGUGACUUACGUUGACUUGAACUCCCACAAAAGGGACACAAACGCAGAGGAAGAGGUUGUUUACACGGAAGUGAAGAUACGGCCAAAACAGAGAGAUGACAAUGACAUCUACGCAAAAGUCAACCCUCGUCAUCGCUAGGGGAAGAGCGAGUGGGAAUUAACAGAGGCGUGACCAGCAUUUCACAUGUCCAUUAAAUGCAAGUCUCCAUAGAACAACAAAUUAGCUCUUAGUAAAAGAUGUCCUUGGAGAUCAAAGUCCACUAGUUAUGAACAGAGCAGGUAGCAGUGCAAGAUUCCCUCGUUUCCUGCUCCACCAACAUGCCUCAACUCUGAUCUGGAGAGACCAAUUCUGUGGGCAGACGGAGAGUUCUGCUAACCCAUCUACUCUUGGCCUAUGUGCUGUGAUUGCAGCCAGGAAACGGGUUGUGCAGUGGACAGUGUUUCACUAGGAACUGAGUCGAGACCAGAAAUUCAUUUAACAAACUCACCGGCCAUCAGAUUGUAGCAAGUUUUAGUUGCUAUUUACCAGCACUGAAUUUGAACAAGUGACCGAGAGCCAAGCCCUUGAGCCACCCAAGUAUGGAAAAUGUUGCCAUCUUGUUGUGGGAAGCGCUGUCCUCCACUGAAGAUGCCAACUGUGCUGAAUGAGGAAAGAAAAGCGUCCGAAGAGCCAUGCUCCCUACACUGGAGGAUGUACAAUAAUGCUGAUAAGGCUCAAGAGCAAUGUCCCAUACGUUCAUGAAUGACACUGACAUGAUUGUUGAAUCUUUCUAAGCACAAAGCAGCUUCUCUGUUGGGAGUGAAUUCAGCUUCCCUGGAUUCCACCCACUUAAGAGCCAAACAACAACAAUAUGAAUUGCUUCGCCAGCAGAUUUUAAAUAUUAACUAAAGCUUUUACAGCAAGUUUAGGCCAGGAUUAAGUGUGUGCAAUUGCACUGAUUGAAAUGGAGUUGUACCUACUUACACCAGGAAUGGAUUUGUCCCCUUGUGUCUGUGUGGCUUUACUGUAAAUUUAAAAAGGAAAUGUGUAAUUUU